AUGGAUAAACUUGAACUAGACUAUUUCACCUGUCAAUUAAAUUUAGACAUGGAUUCUUCAUCCGGUAACUAUCAGUGCAAAACCCUUCUACCAAGUUACUUGAAUUCAGAUGGUUUUCAAGCAUCAUCAUUGUAUAUGAGACGAUGGAGAAGACGUCAGAACAGAAAGUUGGAGAUGAAUCAGCUCGAAGGUGGACAACAAUUUCAGCAACAACAGCAUCCAUCGGAUGUCUCGGAUAACUGCGAAAGACAUAUGCUCACAAACAUUCCAGUUACAGUUACAACUGACUCAGCCAAUUAUGUUGAUGUCUGUACGCCAACAAAUUCCUCUUCUACAGUUAUCAACAAUGCUAUAUCCCCAGGGAAUUAUAAGAAAAUACUAAUUGAUCGUUAUUUAUUGAGCCAAUCAAAAUCACUUUCUGCAACCAAUGGAAACACGUCUCCAUUUGAUGAGAAGAUGGUUUCUCCCCAGCCAGAAAAGAAGCAAUGUAAAAUUGAUCAUGGAAAUGCAACGAGGAAUUCGUUCAGAGCAGAUCUAAACUGUAUAGACAACAUAUCUGUUGAAUGUAAAAAGUCUAAUCAAGGUGUGUUAGAUACUACUGAAAUUGCAAACAUUCAGUCUAUAUUUGAAUCUGCACUCCAUGCUACAACAAAAUACCAGUUAACAAAGAAUGAGAAUACAAAUAAUCAAAAUUUUAUCUUGUCAGAUAAUAACCCUACCAAUUGUAAAAAACGAUGCAAUGAAUCCAAUACGCUACUUCCUAAAGUCCAUUCAAUACCAUCUGAAGACAAUAUUCAAAGGCAGCUAUCAAAUCAAAAUAGUCUCCUAGACAAUCUUAUUAUGCAAGUGAUUAACAGAAAUAUUAAUUCUAGAAUUUCAUCAAUUGGUAAACCGCAUCACUUUAAUGUUCUAGAUUUAAUACACACAUUAUUGAUUAGACGUGGUUCCUCGAUGAAUUCUGACCAUCAACAACGAGCUACUGCUGCUGCUGCUGCUAACGACACAAGAGUUCCAUUGAAUCAAGAACAUGUUUCAUUGCUUGCCAAUAAUACCGAGAAUCCAUCUACGCCUAAAAUUGGUUUACUAUCCGUCUUAGAACGGAAUAAUUCAUCUAACAAUUUAUUGUUUCAAAAAAGAAUUAUGAAAGAGUCGUUGAAUGAUGAUAAAGAACAGAGACCAGAAGAACAGCAAGAACAAGAGGAAAAGUCAGCGUUUUUGCCUACAUCAAAAUCUGCUACACUUGGUCAAAAGACUUAUUCAAUGAUCAAAUUAUUUAGAUUUAAUUCAGAAUUUAACAAGGAAUCAUGA